CGAAUUCUGAAUCUCCUAGCCACGCAAGAGGGGGCACCCUUGAGCUCAGGAACGGUGUGCCACAAAAUCCUCAACCACUCUCUAUUGGCGCCUUAUUGCCAGCCAUCAGCAAAGUGAUGGUGCGAAUUUUCGCCAGUUGAUUGGCCGCUCCUGUUCCUGAACACCAUCGCAUGGCAGCAGAAUCCUCCAUGCUGGCCAUGGCUCGAUUCCCGGACCUCGGAUCUUGGUUCAUGCGCUCGGUCCGUCGUGACCAUUUCGCCAGCACCCCCGUCUUGGCUGUCGAGAGGCUGAACACGCUGCCCCGGCCGAUUCAGGAUGCCGACAAGGAGGUCUUAGUCGGCGCCGUGCUCACCAUGAGCUCGAGUCUACACCUUGCCCUCAGCAUGCUUCGGGAACUCUUGCCACAUGAGAAGUCUCAAGAGCGGCUGGCCGAAGUCGUGUGUCCGACUCUCAAUCACCUUCUCGCCGCUCUCCAGAACACACUGUCCUCAUUUGAGCGCAGAGACUCUCCGUCGACGCCCUCGGUUCCCGCAUCGUGUUCGGCCAAAGCGACCCAGCAGAGCCAUGCUCGAGCUCUACACGCUAACACGGCCCUGAAACCCGCGCCAGAGCCCAAGCGACCGGGCAUUGCGAGCGAUGAGCAGCCUGUGCAAGUAAGGCGGCAUGGAGACGACCGCUCCUGCAGCUCUUGCGGCAGCGCAAAUACCGAAAGACUCCUCCCGCUGCAGGACAACGACCAAUCCCGCCAGUUGCAUAUCGAAGUCAGCAGCCAUAACAGGCCCGAGACGCACUUGGUGAAGGCUUUGCAAGCCGAGAUGCGCGUACAAGCAGCCAUCCACGUGGCCAUUGAGUCCUUAGAGUUUGCUGAGGGCCAGCUCAAAGUGGUUAAGGAAGUCAACCAGUUGCACGGAGGGGAGCUGGACAUUCUCCAAACCCACUUCUAUGAAGGUUAUAAUCGCCUAUUAUUCCGGGCCCUUGAGCUACAACGGCGAGAGCUGGGCUUGCUGCAAGAUCGUGAUAGCUUGAUAUUGGAUUCUGCACUGCAGCAACGUCACCAACAACCAACGGAGGAUGGGGUUCUACAAACGAGUCCUAAACAGCACCAGUCUGUCUCGUUCCAAAAGCCCCUCCCGCUCUGCCGCUCGGCUUCCACGCUCCGGUCCACGGCGGCAGUCCAGGGUGCGAGCUGGGAGAGGCGGGUUCCAGGUCGCAGGAAUACGAUACAAGGAAUCAGACAAGAAGGUGCUCGCGCAAGAGACUCCAGACCGCCUCUCAGACGACGCCUUUCCCUGGCUGAAGAGCUGGCCUUGGCCGGCGACGACUCGGAGAGCGGCUAUCAAGAGGAGACUUCGGAAAGAGCAAGCUCUGGAAGUGAACAUUCUGACGCUGAGGAGUCGAGCAAUGGUGCUCGGGGUUUGAUGAUCAACAGGAACGAGAGCGAGGAGUCUGACAGAAACGCAGAGAGUGGGGGUGAAGAGAGCGCGCUUGACAGCAGUGACGACGACGGCCAAGGGGACGACGAUGGCGAGGAGACCCUUAUUCCGGCGAUAGCGAGUCUGGGAGGAGGUAGCAGCUAUUCUAAGAGCAGGUGGCCGAGGUUGCAACAGCGACGAUGAUGAAGGACAAUAUAUCAAUCUUCCGUCUUGUCUCCCGCUGUCGUUGCUUUAUUUCUGCGUCCUGACCUCCUAUUGCUCAGCUUCUGGGUCCGCAGAAACGUUACAACCCCGAGGCUGGCGGACUACACGUG